UAUCACUGUCCGCGGAUCGCCACCCACCUCCGUUUACAGGAACGACCGACCGGUUCAUCGCCACGAUGCGACUUUCAGGGCCGACGCUGCUGCUCCUAGCGGUGGCCGGCGUAGUCCUCUUGGUUGGUGACGGGGGCGCUGCUGGAUGCGACAAACGAGCUGUGCAGCCUCUCAACGCUUCUGAGUACCUGGGCGUGUGGUACGAGAUAGCCAGGUUCGGAUUGGCUCCCUUCGAGGCAGGUGCCCAGUGCGUCACAGCAGAAUACUCACUGGCUGGCGCCAACAACGUGACCGUACACAACAAGAUGUACAACAGGUCUGCGGGGACCUUCAAUGACAUCAUUGGCUGGGCAGCGCUUGAUGACCCUAAUUCCGGAGAGGCCAAACUUACGGUGCACUUUCCAGGUGUACGAGUGGCAGCUCCGUACUGGGUCUUGGACACAGACUACAAGAGCUACUCAAUUGUCUGGGCCUGCAGGGAACCUACAGAUGAAACUUCCAACAUUACCGAGACGUCAUGGAUCCUGUCACGGAAUUCCGAGCUGACAGCAGAGCAGGAGCAGCAGGUGAAUGAGAAGCUGGAGGCCCUUGGCCUGCCGCGGAGCCGCUACACAGACACCCCACAAGACCCACAACAGUGCACUGUCAGAGUCAGCACGUGCGACAAGCCUGCAGUCUCCCAGUUUAACGCCUCUGAGUACCUGGGCGUGUGGUACGAGAUCGCCAGGUUCGGACUGGCUCCCUUCGAGGCAGGCGCCCAGUGUGUCACGGCAGAGUACUCGCUGGCUGGAGACAACAACGUGACCGUACACAACAGGAUGUACAACACGACUGCAGGGGCCUUCAACGACAUCACGGGCUGGGCCGAGUUUGAUGACCCUAAUUCCGGAGAGGCCAAACUUACGGUGCACUUUCCAGGUGUACCAGUGGCAGCUCCGUACUGGGUCUUGGACACAGACUACAAGAGCUACUCAAUUGUCUGGGCCUGCAGGGAACCUACAGAUGAAACUUCCAACAUUACCGAGACGUCAUGGAUCCUGUCACGGAAUUCCGAACUGACAGCAGAGCAGGAGCAGCAGGUGAAUGAGAAGCUGGAGGCCCUUGGCCUGCCGCGGAGCCGCUACACAGACACCCCACAAGACCCACAACAGUGCACUGUCAGAGUCAGCACGUGCGACAAGCCUGCAGUCUCCCAGUUUAACGCCUCUGAGUACCUGGGCGUGUGGUACGAGAUCGCCAGGUUCGGACUGGCUCCCUUCGAGGCAGGCGCCCAGUGUGUCACGGCAGAGUACUCGCUGGCUGGAGACAACAACGUGACCGUACACAACAGGAUGUACAACACGACUGCAGGGGCCUUCAACGACAUCACGGGCUGGGCCGAGUUUGAUGACCCUAAUUCCGGAGAGGCCAAACUUACGGUGCACUUUCCAGGUGUACCAGUGGCAGCUCCGUACUGGGUCUUGGACACAGACUACAAGAGCUACUCAAUUGUCUGGGCCUGCAGGGAACCUACAGAUGAAACUUCCAACAUUACCGAGACGUCAUGGAUCCUGUCACGGAAUUCCGAACUGACAGCAGAGCAGGAGCAGCAGGUGAAUGAGAAGCUGGAGGCCCUUGGCCUGCCGCGGAGCCGCUACACAGACACCCCACAAGACCCACAACAGUGCACUGUCAGAGUCAGCACGUGCGACAAGCCUGCAGUCUCCCAGUUUAACGCCUCUGAGUACCUGGGCGUGUGGUACGAGAUCGCCAGGUUCGGACUGGCUCCCUUCGAGGCAGGCGCCCAGUGUGUCACGGCAGAGUACUCGCUGGCUGGAGACAACAACGUGACCGUACACAACAGGAUGUACAACACGACUGCAGGGGCCUUCAACGACAUCACGGGCUGGGCCGAGUUUGAUGACCCUAAUUCCGGAGAGGCCAAACUUACGGUGCACUUUCCAGGUGUACCAGUGGCAGCUCCGUACUGGGUCUUGGACACAGACUACAAGAGCUACUCAAUUGUCUGGGCCUGCAGGGAACCUACAGAUGAAACUUCCAACAUUACCGAGACGUCAUGGAUCCUGUCACGGAAUUCCGAGCUGACAGCAGAGCAGGAGCAGCAGGUGAAUGAGAAGCUGGAGGCCCUUGGCCUGCCGCGGAGCCGCUACACAGACACCCCACAAGACCCACAACAGUGCACUGUCAGAGUCAGCACGUGCGACAAGCCUGCAGUCUCCCAGUUUAACGCCUCCGAGUACCUGGGCGUGUGGUACGAGAUCGCCAGGUUCGGACUGGCUCCCUUCGAGGCAGGCGCCCAGUGUGUCACGGCAGAGUACUCGCUGGCUGGCGACAACAACGUGACCGUACACAACAGGAUGUACAACACGACUGCAGGGGCCUUCAACGACAUCAUCGGCUGGGCCGAGAUUGAUGACCCCAACUCUGGAGAGGCCAAACUUACAGUGCACUUCCCAGACGUACCAGUGGCAGCACCCUACUGGGUCCUGGACACAGACUACGAGAGCUACUCAAUCGUCUGGGCGUGCAGGGAGCCUACAGACGAAACCUCUAACAUUACCGAGACCUCAUGGAUCCUGUCACGGAAUUCCGAGCUGACAGCAGAGCAGGAGCAGCAGGUGAAUGAGAAGCUGGAGGCCCUUGGCCUGCCGCGGAGCCGCUACACAAACACCCCACAGGAUCCGCAACAGUGCAGUGUUGCAGUCAACCAAUGCGACAAGCCUGCAGUCUCCCAGUUUAACGCCUCUGAGUACCUGGGCGUGUGGUACGAGAUCGCCAGGUUCGGACUGGCUCCCUUCGAGGCAGGCGCCCAGUGUGUCACAGCAGAGUACUCGCUGGCUGGCGACAACAACGUGACCGUACACAACAGGAUGUACAACACGACUGCAGGGGCCUUCAACGACAUCAUCGGCUGGGCCGAGUUUGAUGACCCCAACUCCGGAGAGGCCAAACUUACAGUGCACUUCCCAGACGUACCAGUGGAUGCACCCUACUGGGUCCUGGACACAGACUACGAAAGCUACUCAAUCGUCUGGGCAUGCAGGGAGCCUACAGACGAAACCUCUGACAUUACAGAGACCUCAUGGAUCCUGUCACGGAAUUCCGAGCUGACAGCAGAGCAGGAGCAGCAGGUGAAUGAGAAGCUGGAGGCCCUUGGCCUGCCGCGGAGCCGCUACACAAACACCCCACAGGAUCCGCAACAGUGCAGUGUUGCAGUCAACCAAUGCGACAAGCCUGCAGUCUCCCAGUUUAACGCCUCUGAGUACCUGGGCAUGUGGUACGAGAUCGCCAGGUUCGGACUGGCUCCCUUCGAGGCAGGCGCCCAGUGUGUCACAGCAGAGUACUCGCUGGCUGGCGACAACAACGUGACCGUACACAACAGGAUGUACAACACGACUGCAGGGGCCUUCAACGACAUCAUCGGCUGGGCCGAGUUUGAUGACCCCAACUCCGGAGAGGCCAAACUUACAGUGCACUUCCCAGACGUACCAGUGGAUGCACCCUACUGGGUCCUGGACACAGACUACGAAAGCUACUCAAUCGUCUGGGCAUGCAGGGAGCCUACAGACGAAACCUCUGACAUUACAGAGACCUCAUGGAUCCUGUCACGGAAUUCCGAGCUGACAGCAGAGCAGGAGCAGCAGGUGAAUGAGAAGCUGGAGGCCCUUGGCCUGCCGCGGAGCCGCUACACAAACACCCCACAGGAUCCGCAACAGUGCAGUGUUGCAGUCAACCAAUGCGACAAGCCUGCAGUCUCCCAGUUUAACGCCUCUGAGUACCUGGGCGUGUGGUACGAGAUCGCCAGGUUCGGACUGGCUCCCUUCGAAGCAGGCGCCCAGUGUGUCACGGCAGAGUACUCGCUGGCUGGCGACAACAACGUGACCGUACACAACAGGAUGUACAACACGACUGCAGGGGCCUUCAACGACAUCAUCGGCUGGGCCGAGUUUAAUGACCCCAACUCCGGAGAGGCCAAACUUACAGUGCACUUCCCAGACGUACCAGUGGAUGCACCCUACUGGGUCCUGGACACAGACUACGAAAGCUACUCAAUCGUCUGGGCAUGCAGGGAGCCUACAGACGAAACCUCUGACAUUACAGAGACCUCAUGGAUCCUGUCACGGAAUUCCGAGCUGACAGCAGAGCAGGAGCAGCAGGUGAAUGAGAAGCUGGAGGCCCUUGGCCUGCCGCGGAGCCGCUACACAAACACCCCACAGGAUCCGCAACAGUGCAGUGUUGCAGUCAACCAAUGCGACAAGCCUGCAGUCUCCCAGUUUAACGCCUCUGAGUACCUGGGCGUGUGGUACGAGAUCGCCAGGUUCGGACUGGCUCCCUUCGAGGCAGGCGCCCAGUGUGUCACAGCAGAGUACUCGCUGGCUGGCGACAACAACGUGACCGUACACAACCGGAUGUACAACAUGACUGCAGGGGCCUUCAACGACAUCAUCGGCUGGGCCGAGUUUGAUGACCCCAACUCCGGAGAGGCCAAACUUACAGUGCACUUCCCAGACGUACCAGUGGAUGCACCCUACUGGGUCCUGGACACAGACUACGAAAGCUACUCAAUCGUCUGGGCAUGCAGGGAGCCUACAGACGAAACCUCUGACAUUACCGAGACCUCGUGGAUCCUGUCACGAAGUGCCCAGCUGAAUCCAGAGCAGGAGCAGCAGGUUAAUGACAAGUUGGAGGACCUGGGUCUGCCGCGGAGCCGCUACACAAACACCCCACAGGAUCCGCAACAGUGCAGUGUUGCAGUCAACCAAUGCGACAAGCCUGCAGUCUCCCAGUUUAACGCCUCUGAGUACCUGGGCGUGUGGUACGAGAUCGCCAGGUUCGGACUGGCUCCCUUCGAGGCAGGCGCCCAGUGUGUCACGGCAGAGUACUCGCUGGCUGGCAACAACAACGUGACCGUACACAACAGGAUGUACAACACGACUGCAGGGGCCUUCAAUGACAUCAUCGGUUGGGCCGAGUUUGAUGACCCCAACUCCGGAGAGGCCAAACUUACAGUGCACUUCCCAGACGUUCCAGUGGAAGCACCCUACUGGGUCCUGGACACAGACUACAAGAGCUACUCAAUCGUCUGGGCAUGCAGGGAGCCUACAGACGAAACCUCUAACAUUACCGAGACCUCGUGGGUGCUCUCACGGGCAAGCGUGAUGUCCGAGGAGCUGGUGCAGCAGGUGAACGCCAAGCUGGAGGAACUGGGCCUGCCUCGCAGCAGGUACACAGACACGCCUCAGGACCCUGCAGGAUGCAAAGUCAACAAUGGCAGCAACGACGACGGUGGCGCCGCUGCGAUGGGGCCUGCGAUCGCACUCCUGCUGGCCACCGCCAUCGCCCUGCUCUUCUCCCUGUGAUCAACACUGCUGGCGGACUGCCGCUCGCCAACACACUGUGCUCCCGGCGCAGAACUAGCCAACUUCUCGUUUAUUAGAACGUUCCACACACCAUGGAUCAAUGGUGGUUGGCAACGUUAUCCUCAUUUACUAUUUAUUUGAGAUACAAUGAAGAUAUUCCUUUAAUUAACUUGUACAGAUUUUUUGUAUAUAUAAAUUUUGAAUAAUAUUUGUAAAGCUUUA